GUGAGAAUUCUGCCAGACGCUCAGCUGUCUCCACUGUGUUAGCAAGAUCGUAUAGUGAAAACAAAUGGAAAAGAUGAUAUUUUUUCAAGUAUUAGUACUGUGUUCGCAGUUAGUUGGUUUGCUUGGAAUUACAUUGAUUGGUGUGUGGAUGGGUAAAUAUUUGGGUGGAUUUGCUUGGGAUGGAAGUGACCAACAAUUCAACCUACAUCCAUUGCUAAUGACAGUGGGAUUAAUAUUUCUCUAUGCUGAAGCAAUGCUGGUGUACAGAGUGUUUCGAAAUACUACAAAAAUCUACAUCAAAUGCCUACAUGGGAUGAUACAUUUAUUGGCUCUGAUCUGUGCUGUGAUUGGUUUAAAGGCUGUAUUUGAUAAUCAUAAUUUCAAUGGCAUAACCAAUAUGUAUAGUCUUCAUAGCUGGAUUGGAAUCACGACUGUAGUCCUGUUUAGUUUACAGCUGCUUUGUGGUUUUGUGUCAUUCCUAGUACCAGGUGUAUCUCGAACUCUGCGUGCCAGCUACCUACCCACUCAUGUAUUUUUUGGAGUAUUUAUUUUUGGCAUGGCAGUAGCUUCUGCUCUUAUGGGCAUAACUGAGAAGUUGCUUUUCACUCUUGAUAAUUAUAGUGAUUUGCCAGCAGAAGCUAGAAUAGCAAACACUGCAGGCAUAUGCUUUCUUGUCUUUGCUGGUAUCAUUGGUUACCUAGUUACCAGGCAUGAUUUUAAAAGAGAAGAAGUUGACUAUGAACAUGAACCUCUUGCCAUGGAUUAAAAACUACCCACAUAUCAUUUCUGACAACUAUCAUUACUUCCCGCUAACCGGUAUAAUUGGUAACCUGGCUGGAUUGUGUUUCGUGACAUUUGCGUUGUUAGUUUGUUAUAUUGUAUGUGCGCCCUCAUGGAAAAGGCAAGAAUUUUCAACAAAUGGAAAAGUAUAAACUGACUGAAUAUAAUAGUACUGGUACCUCAAAUGGUAUUAUUAUCAAUUUUUUUUUUUUAGGUUCUGAAAUACAUUUUUAAAUAUUAUUAUUAAAGGGCCGUGCUCAUUGCAGAUGUGUACAUUUGAAAAGGUUCCGAAUCUUGUGUAUUUUCACCAGCAGUCAUUUGUGUUGUUUUGCAUACAAAGAAACCCAUAUGGUAAAUUCUUUAUUGCAAUGUCAACCACCUUUAUACCACAGAUACAUUGUUUUGUUGAUGGUAUUUAUUUUCAUCUACAGACUGUUUUUGAUU